GGUCAUGUUAAUACGAUGUUUACAGUGGCUACAGUAUGGAUCAUUACGUCACUUCCGCAAUCGCCAUAUCUUUUCUCGACCUUUGUGGUGUUGUCUGCAGACAUGGAUAAUCAGGAAGAAUAUUUAGAUGCCCUUACUGCAUACUCAAGGAAUCCGACGCCGGAAAUCCCUCAAAUUCUCGAGCAAUAUUUGAAUGGAGUGGCGAAAAAUGGCGAAACACUCUUUCAGUGGCCGUUGUUAAAACCAUUAAUUGUUGGUAAAAUGGAAAAAGUUAUAGGUGAAUUGAAAAAAGGAUUAAGCUCUGAAAAUAUUCCCACAAGACCCAAUGUAGAGAAUGUGCGUUUUGAAGUCAUGCAUUCUCGCAUCAUGGAUGCAUUGCAAAAGUUUAAUGGAGCUCCUUUUACAAUACAAAGGCUGUGUGAGCUACUCAUUGCCCCUAAGCAACAUUAUAAACGUAGUGACAAAUUCUUAAGAGGACUAGAAAAGAAUGUUUUGGUUGUGAGCACUGUAGAUCCAUUUGGAAGGAAAGUUGUUUCAGAAACCUCUAACAAGCAUCUAGUCAAUGGGAUGGACACCAAUGGGUCUCCUUUCUUUCCCAGAGACUCCAAUAUUACUUCUAACCUUCCACCAGUGCCUGGGUGGAUAACUUCUUCUGUGACAACAAGACCAACCACAAAUAAUACACCUGAAGAUACAACAGAAGAAGAAAAAACUCAGACUGCUCCUCAAGAUACACAUGCAACUAAUGGUGUAGCUGGUGGUAUAGUCAGCUCAUUAUAUGGGGAUAAUGGAGAACAACCAAUGGCUAUACAUGCUGAAGAGGUUGUUGAAGAGACAGUGGUCACCAUGGAUACAACGGAAGGAGGACCUGUCGCAACUGAUGGUGGAGAGGCUAUGGCAGAUGAUGACGGUGAUGACACUAAUACUUCUUCUUCCUCAUCAUCCUCUGAAGAAUUAAUACCUUCUGAUGGAAAUGAAAGUGCUGGUGUUUCAAGUGAUGAUAGUCGACCCUGGGCAUCAAUAACAAAGGAUUUGGAGGAUAAGAAAGAAAAUCCUGAAAUUGUACCUACCAUUAAUGACUCGCCCGCAACAUCAGCCACUCAACCCACUGACACAUCAGAUUCCUCUAAAGAAACAAAACAAAAUUUACCUGAAUCUGAGAACAGUGAACACCUGUCAGAUUCCUCUCAGUCAUCUUUGAAUCAUAGUUUUGGGUUUUUAGCUGCUGCUGAAAAUCCACCAUCUUCAUCGACUGAUUCAAAGCUAGACAUAGAAUCUGAUGGUGCCGAUUCAUCCCAUACAGACAGUGCUAUUGACACAACACCUUCAGAGUCUGAGAAAGUUCGCACUUAUGCUGAAGUUGUAUCAACUUCCAAUUCUAGUCAUUCACCACCAGGUGCCAGCACAGAAGAAUGUGACAGUGUAGCUGGUCUGGAGAGGCUAGUGGAGUCGGUGGAGCCAGAAUCAUCCACCCAGCAUCAACCAUCCCCUUCCUUAACCCCUUCAACCCACCAGAGCAGCGAAGCUGAUCAUUCUGAUACCUCAGAUUCUGAUGAGCCUCGUGCUAAGCGUAUGAAACUGUCGCAUGAAUCUGUGACCUCACAUGAACCUGACACUACAGAUGUCCUACAAUCUGAUAUGGCAUCUUCACCUGUUCAUCCCUCUAGCAAACCAUCAUCAUCCCCGUCACCUUCAUCUGAAAUGAAUUCAGUUGUGACACCUGAAAGCUCAGAGGUUAUUGAAGAAGAAACAAGGGUUACAUCUGGGUCUGAUUCAAAUUCAUCCAUAGUACAUAACUCUGACACGGUGAUGGAAACUGUUUCUAGUGGUAGUGAAGAAACAGAAUCUCUCACACCAGCCAUGGCUACACCUGAGAUUCCAGGUAGUGAUAACGUGAGCAAUGAUGAUGAAAAUGUUACAUCCCCACCUUCUCAUUUAUCUUCAUCAAGUGACAGUCAGGGGUUUGAUGUAUGUGGAGACAGCCUCAGCAAGUACAAUGCUGACAGUAAACAGACAGCAGCUGAGUGUGCUGACAAAAAAGAUGAGGAAUCUGGUACUGAUAGUCCCAAACAGGAAUCAAUGGAUCAGGACUGACUUUUUUCCAAUGGCCCAAAACAAUAACUUAACAGUUGAGUCAUGUCACUGAAUCUUAAGCUUGUCAGACCUGCAUGUCAAGUAUAUUACUUGACUCUAUUCAGAGAUGCAUUUAAAAUCAGGAAGCUUAAUAAUAAUAGCUGAGGUGUGCUCUGAGACCUACCCUACACAUUUUGCAAAAAUUAAUUCAGCUGUUUAAUGCACUGCCAGAGUAAUUAAACUGACUUUUCUUAAAACAGGACAACCAUUGCAAAACAGGCGUAAGGUUAUUGAUUGGUAAAAAUUUUUGUUCCAUAGUUUUAAACUUUUUAUCUGGUUUCAGUCUUGUAGUUGCCAUCGGUUUAUUUUUACUGUAUUUAGUUUGACCAUCAAAUUUGUUGUUGUAGAUUCAAAAUUAUGGGCAUUUUGAUUAAAUAUCGAUA